GAGGAGAUGGCACCUGAUCCCAUCGGCCCCAGCGCAACACUGCCCCCCUUCUCGCGCCCUACCUCUCCUCCUCUCGCCUCGCGCCUGCUCCGCACGCCCUCCUGCCGCCCUCCGCCCUCUUCGCCCCAGCUGCCGCACGCCGCACGCCACACACUCGCGCCACACAUCCCGGCCACGAAAAGAUGGCCACAGCGGCCCCCGCACCGAUGCCCGGGUCCGAGGUCACCCGGGAAUAUGCCCAUCUGGACUUCCUGGACCUCGUUGAGCGGUCAGCACCAUACAUUUCGGUGGAGGCGCGCCCAAUCGCCGAGGGGCCGACCUCACCCACGGCGGCGAUGGCCCCGCCCACUGGCGGUGGCGGUGGCCCGGCCUUCACCAACAUUCUGGGGCCCGUGGCGCCGCACCUGGCCGCGCUGAUGGUGUCCCCGCUGAGCGCCGAUCCUCGAUCCCGGCACCGGGGCAUUGAUCGGUUCCGGCGUUUGCUCCGGGCAUAUCGGCCCUCGGAGGCGGAGGCGCAACAGCAGUCGCCGCAGCUGGGAGCCGCCUCGGUGCCGGGCCAGCCGUCGGGUGGGCACCCGGCCGGUCGCUUUGAGCCGGACUACUACGGCCCGGUCAGCCUCCCGGCCGGGACCUCGACCAAUCACUACGCUUCGGACAACAUGACCCUCGAUGAGUACGAGAAGUGCCGGCGCGACAGCGGCGCGGACAAUACGCUCGUCUGGUUCGCCACUCCGCCGUACGACGCGGUGUCCGCGCUGUCGGGGCACAUGCCGUCCGCCGAGUGGGUACACUUUUCGUCGGAGGCGGCGGCUGCUGCUGCCAGCACACCCGACUUCCUAGAUGGCUGCUAGGGGCGUGGUUCCCACCCCUCGUGGGGGAUGGUCCCCGCGUCUCUCGGGACUGACGAGCAGCCAAUGUGAGGAAAUAAAAUAUGCGAGGGAGCAGGAGGACCUCCGCCCCCCUCUCGCUCGUUGCACACGCACACGCACACACACA